CAAAAACAGGAAACCAGUUUGUUCCUGUUGAGUUGUCAGUGAGAAGAGACGCACUGACAGACAGACGCUGCUCUCAGAGACAAAAUGGCUUCUAUGUCAGAGGAGGAUUUCUGCUGUGCGGUCUGUCAUGAAGUCUUUAGAGAUCCUGUUGUUCUGUCAUGUAGCCACAGCUUCUGUAGAGACUGUCUGAAGAGCUGGUGGGCAGAGAAACCAAUACAGGAGUGUCCAGUUUGUAAGAGAAGAUCUUCAAAGCAGGAACCACCUCGUAACCUGGAGUUAAAGAAGCUGUGUGAGAGUUUCUUACAGCAGAGAGAUCAGAGAGCUUCAGAGGCUCUCUGCAGUCUGCACUCUGAGAAACUCAAACUCUUCUGUCUGGACCAUCAGCAGCCACUGUGUGUCGUCUGUCUACAUUCAGAAAAACACACCAACCACAGAAUCAGACCCAUCGAUGAAGCUGCACGACAACACAAGAAGGAAAUCCAGGAAACUCUGGAGCCCUUAAAGAAGAAGAUAAAGGUUUUUGAACAAGUUAAAGUGAAGUGUGAUCAAACAGCAAAAUACAUGAAGGUCCAGGCCCGACGCACAGAGACGCAGAUUAAGGAUCAGUUUAAGAAGCUUCACCAGUUUCUAGAAGAGGAAGAGGAGGCCAGGAUGGCUGCACUGAGGGAGGAAGAGGAGCAGAAGAGUCAGAGAAUGAAGGAGAACAUGGAGGCUCUGAGCAGAGAGAUAGCAGCUCUUUCAGACACAGUCAGAGCCACAGAGGAGCAGCUGAGAACUGAAGACAUCUCAUUCCUGAUCAACUACAAGGCUGCAGUGGAAAGAGUCCAGCAGCGCCCCCUGCUGGAUGAUCCACAGCUGCUCUCAGGAGCUCUGAUAGACGAGGCCAAACACCUGGGCAACCUGAGCUUCAACAUCUGGAACAAGAUGAAGGAGAUGGUUUCCUACUCUCCUCUGAUUCUGGACCAAAACACUGCUGGUCCAAACCUCAUUCUGUCUGAAGAUCUGACAAGUGUGAGAUGGGGAGAGUAUCAGCAACUUCCUGACAAUCCAGAGAGGUUUGAUGGUCACCUCUCUGUCGUGGGCUCUGAGGGCUUUAACUCAGGGACUCACAGCUGGGAUGUCAAGGUUGGAGACAAUACAUACUGGGCACUGGGUGUGUUAGCAGAAUCUGUCCAGAGGAAGGGAGUCAUACGGUCUGGAUUAUGGAGAAUACGGUUCUAUAAAGGUGAAUACUCAGCGUGGUCUCCACCAGCUCCAAACACUGAUCUUACAUUUAAGAAGAAGCUCCAGCGGAUCAGAGUGACUCUGGACUGGAACAGAGGAAAGCUGUUGUUCUCUGAUCCUGAUACUAACACACACAUACACACUUUCACUGAGAGGCUGUUUCCAUACUUUAGGCCUGGGGAUUUCAUUAGCACUGGGGAUACAGUCCCACUGAAGAUAUCACCACUGAAGGUCUAUGUGACAAAACUACAGGUCUGAUAGUCUUUAGUUUGAAGGGGGUGAUAAUAAUAGUAAACAACUAUUGUAUAUAAAACUGAUUCCAGCAGUACAUGAGUCAGCUGAAUAAAAUACAACUAAAGGUUUUAAGAAGCUAAAACAUAAAAUGGUUCUUAAAGAGAGAGAAAUAAUAACUUAGUUUUGUGUAGGUUAACAUGUCUAAUUAUUGUUGGCUAAACUAUUAUUUCAUAAACAGCUGAAUGUUUUUAAAGUAAUAAUGCUGUGAUGAUUGUGAUGAUUUCCUGCUUUUCUCUGUUUUAUAUUAUUAUAAACUGAAUAUUUUGGGGCUUUUGGACUGUUGGUCGAAUAAAACAAGACAGUUAAAGACGUCUUCUUGGGGUCUAACACACACACACAGAUAUAUACACACAAACACACACACACACAACUUCCAAUGUAUCCUGUAAAAGUCUCAAAGCUAAACUAGUCACAUCCUGCGUCUCAAUAAACCGGUCAGUCCUCCAGAA